AAAUUUUAAGCCGCGACCUGACCUGACGACCUCUUCACGGGCCUACAGCAAGUGGGGCCGCACACACUUUCUCAUCCUGCCCUACUCACUCAUAUUUGCCUUGCCCUCGCUCCCUCCUGCGGCUUCUUUUCUGCCUGUUGGCUGUCCUCGACACCACAAUGGCCAUUCGAUAUCUCAUCCUGCUCUCUAGACAGGGCAAAGUCCGUCUCGCCAAAUGGUUCACCACGCUCUCGCCCAAGGAUAAGGCGAAGAUCAUCAAGGAUGUCUCGCAGCUGGUGCUCGCGCGCCGUGCCCGCAUGUGCAAUUUCCUCGAGUACAAAGAUACCAAGGUCGUUUACCGCCGAUAUGCCUCCCUCUUCUUCAUCGCCGCCACCGAUCCGACAGACAACGAGCUCAUCACUCUCGAGAUUGUGCAUCGCUACGUAGAACAGAUGGACAAGUACUACGGCAAUGUGUGCGAGCUCGACAUCAUAUUCAACUUCCAGAAGGCCUAUUUCAUAUUAGACGAGCUGCUUCUUGCGGGCGAGAUGCAGGAGAGCAGCAAGAAGAAUGUACUUCGGGUUAUCGGCGCGCAAGACAGCCUCGAGGAUAUGGAGGUCGAGGACGAUUCUGUGACGAGGAUAGGCUAAAAGAGAACACGCGGGGCAUUUACGAAUGCAGAGAUGAGUGUGGAGCUCGAAAAACAGCUCAAAAACGCUGGGCUCCUUUAACUGCUUAGGAAUCUUUCAAAGUACAUCUGCUCAGGAGUGGGAACAGCACACUCCGACGCCUGGCGUCUAUUGACGUCUGACCCUCAGCUCGAGAUGGCCAUGGCUAGAUGGCUGUUGGUUCGAGGACCGGCCGUUUGUAGGGAUAGCAUAACCUGCAGUGCAGAGCAAGCGGCACACCGCAUGCAAAUGGAAUGAUUCUUUACGAUGAC